AUGAAGCGCAAGAACAGGAAAAGAAAGAGAGAUGAAAACAGCAAAGAAAGGAAUGAUGAGUCAAACAAUCGUCCAACGAGUGCAGAAAUAGAAUGCAGGGAGGUAAAGCGUCAAAAGAAUAAAGUGGAGACGCAUGUGAAAAAUGAGAAAAUCAUAGGAAAAUGUAAUGAGCCUCCAGCUACAUCUGCAAUUUCGUUAGACAGACUUACAUUUCAUCGAGUCUUAGGAAGAGGUUCCUAUGGAAAAGUCUUGCUGGCCUCAGAUAAUAUAACUAAACAGAACCUGGCAGUGAAAAUUGUCAAAAAAAGAGUCCUGCUCGAAGAGGAUGAGGACAGCACACUCGUAGAACGUAGAGUGCUAGAGGUUGCAGGUGGAUGUCCCUUCCUCACUGAAGCACAUGCCACUUUCCAAACUAAAGAUCAUCUGUUCUUUGUAAUGCCAUAUUUGAACGGAGGUGAUCUGGAUGCAUUUAUUGAAAAGAACGGGAAGCUGGACAUUGACAUCGCAAGAUUUCUUGCUGCUGAAAUGGUGUGUGGAAUACAAUACCUACACAAGAAUGGAAUUAUCCAUCGAGACCUGAAGCCUGAAAACAUCUUAUUGGACGGCAAGGGUCACCUUAAGAUUGCCGACUUUGGCUUGGCAGUAGAAAGCAGUACUUGCAGAGAGUACGCUGGCACACCGGGAUACAUUGCCCCUGAGAUGCUUAAAAAGUACAGGUACAAUGCUUCAGUCGACUGGUGGUCAUUCGGGGUCAUCCUCUAUAAGAUGGUUACUGGAGACAACCCAUUCUGCUGUGAUGAAUCGAGCAAUACAAUAACCAAAUCUACUCUGGAGGACACACCAACGUAUCCUCCUAAUCUGUGUGCUGUUACACGAGACUUGCUAGAGAAGCUUCUUUCUAAAUUACCUUCAAAACGAAUUGGAAACAAAGGAGAUAUACGCAAACACCCCUUUUUCCAAACAAUAAACUGGGAGAAGCUUGAGGCUGGGCUACUAUUCUCCCCUUGCUCGCCCAACACAACAUCAUCACAAGUUGUAAAAGAAACAUUGAGCGUGGAGGAAGCCGUUUCACAGGGAGAGACUGCACAGAAGCCAAUAGAUUCUAAAGGCCAAAAACGGUUUAAUGGAUUCACAUAUGUCAACCCUAAAUGGAUCACUGGAGUACAGCCCAUAGCAGCCCCAGGCCCAUCAGGGCUAGGGGCAACAUCUGCAACAUUCGUAUCAAUAAAGGAGGAAAACGACCAUGAACAUGCACCUUCUCCCCUUCAAAUGGAGGACAAUCAUCAGAAGAAGGAAAAGAAAGAUGGAAGAAAGUGA